AUGCUGUGCUGGAGAGUGGUGAGUGCACAUUUCAUCCUGGCUGUGAUGUUGAUGCUGUGGAGCUCAGGAAAGGUGUUCUCAGUGGAUGCAACAACAGAGACCUUUGAUUCUGAACCCAGCAGUGUGAAGUCGCAGCCCACAGUCAGGAAAGAGAAACCAGCUACUGAGCUGGCAGCCAAACGCUUACUUCUUGAUGAGAUUAUGACUUUGGAGAACGAUGUGAUUGAGACAAAGACGAAAAGGAGCUUCCCUGGUUUUGGAUCUCCUCUGGACAGACUCUCAGCUGGUUCUGUAGAUCAUAAAGGUAAACAGAGGAAAGUAGUAGAACACACCAAAAGACGGUUCCGUGCCCCCAUGGAUCGAAUUGGUGGAAGCCGACUUUCAAAUUCCAGAGGCUAA